CCCGUUGGACAUCUUGUUCUUCCGUUCUUCCGUCUUUUCCAAAGAGUUUGCUUCCUCGGCUGCCAUUAAUGGAGGCCGAAGAAGUGCUGCAAUUGUACGAUCAUUACUGGUUCAACCAUCAAAUACUCACCAAGAAACCGCCUUCAUCACCUCCAGUAGCAGACCCAGUUCCUGAAAUCAAAACAGAAACUCCGGAGCCAGAAAGUUCUCGCCCGCCGGCGCUCCAUGUUCGUUCCCGAAGCGAUGAGUUGAGCUCCAAAACUGGAUUCAGAUUGGAGAUACACUCUCCAAACUCGGUCCUUCCGACGCCGAAGCUCGAAACAAUCCUCUCAGGCAAAGAAGUCACAGAAGCUAGAGAAGAAACUAGAAAGCAAGAAAAAGUUGAGAUUGAGAAACCCUCCAAGAAGGCGACGGGUAGAAGAAGAAGAAAAAAGAAGGGGAGCAGCAAGAGUCUAUCAGACCUGGAAUUUGAAGAGCUUAAAGGGUUCAUGGAUCUGGGUUUUGUUUUCUCUGAAGAAGAUAAAGAUUCGAGUUUGGUGUCUAUCAUUCCUGGGUUGCAAAGAUUGGGAAAAAAAGACGUUGAAGAAGAAGCCAUUGACGAAUCUACAAUUCCAAGACCUUAUUUAUCAGAAGCUUGGGGUGUUCUAGAUCAAAGAAAGGAGAGGAACCCAUUGAUGAAUUGGAGAAUUCCUCCUCUGGGUAGUGAAACUGACAUGAAAGAUCAUCUGAGGUUCUGGGCUCACACGGUUGCAUCUACUGUUAGAUGAUGAAAAUAUCUGUUCUAAAUUUACUUUCUUUUUUCUUCACUUUUUUUAGCUUCCAUUCUUUUAGUUUCCUUUGGAUUUUUUUAUGCUCUUUAUACAUAGCUUAUGUAAAUAUAAAUAAAAGGAGGUAUAAUUCAAGUUUUGUCAGGCUUUAGGUGA